UUUGCAGUGACGCACUUUCAAAAUGGCUUCGAACGAGCAACCGGUCUGUCAAAUCUUCUCCUUUCAGGAUUGUAAAGCCUCCCCCGACCCGAUUUUUGAUCUCCCCGCCCAGUGCCUGACCCCUACGCCGGCCCCUAUAGUCAUAGAUAACGGCUCCUUCCAGACCCGGGCCGGCUGGGCGACUCCAGCGGCAGAGUUUGACUCUCCGCGGCUGCUCUUCAGGUCGGUGGCGGCACGCAGCAGAGGGGCAGCCCGCAGCGAGACGCAGAUCGGUAACGACAUCCCCAACCUAGAGCCGCUGCGGUGGCUGCUGAAGAGCCAGUUCGACCGGAACGUGGUGGUCAACUUCGAGAUCCAAGAGCUCAUCUUCGACUAUGUGUUUACACACCUGGGCAUCGCCUCUGAGGGCAGUUUGGAACACCCCGUUGUUCUUACAGAAGCACCCUGUAACCCGCUGCACUGUCGGCAGAUGAUGUCAGAGUUGCUGUUUGAGUGCUACCGUGUGCCGUACGUCUCCUACGGCGUGGACGGCUUGUACAGCUUCUACCACAAUAACACUCGCAGGAGCAUCAAUCCACCACACACUGGCAUUGUUCUGUCCUCAGGAUACCACUGCUCACACAUCCUGCCAGUUAUCAACGGCAGGUUGGAUGCGGUGAACUGUAAGCGUGUGAACGUGGCUGGAAACCAGGCAGCGUCCUACCUGCAGCGCCUCCUCCAGCUGAAAUACCCAGGUCACCUCCCCGCCAUCACACUCAGCCGCAUGGAGGAACUGCUGCAUGAGCACAGUUACACUGCUGUGGAUUAUCAUGAAGAGCUGGAAAAGUGGCGCGGCCCAGAGUUUUACGAGAGGGAGGUUCACCGCAUGCAACUUCCCUUCUCGGGUAAGGUGCCGAGUGGCUGUGUGAGUGUGGAAGAGAGGCAGGAGAGACGAGCUCAGCAGCUUCGACGGCUUCAGGAGAUCAAUGCUCGCCGCCGGGAGGAGAAGCUGCAGCAGGAUCAAGAGAGGCUGGACAGACUUAUGGCAGUACAGGAGCUGCUGGACGACGGCCUGUUGGAUCAGUUUCAUAAGAGCCUUGUAGAGCUCAACAUGGACUCAGCUGAGGAGCUGCAGUCGUACAUCAACAAACUGCAGCUGGCUGUGGAACAGGGCAGACAGAAACUGCUGCACAGCGACGGAGCAGAGGGAAAGGGGGAGGUGUCUGAGCUGGAGCAGCCGAUGGAUGAGGGAGACGGAGUGGCGCUGAUGGAUCCUGACUUCCCUGAGGACACGCUGCCAGAAAAACCCACUAAUGUGAUUCAGCCCGUGUUCAACAUGGCAGAGUACCACCAGCUGUUUGUAGGGACAGAGCGUCUGCGGUGUCCAGAGAUCCUGUUCCAGCCCUCGCUGAGUGGAGAGGACCAGAUGGGACUGAUGGAGACGCUGCAGUAUGUCCUGGCCAGAUACACUCCAGAGCAGCAGCAGGCGCUGGUGAGCAAUGUGUUUCUGACAGGCGGGAACAUGCAGUACCGGGGGAUGAAGGAGAGAGUGGAGAGAGAACUGCUGGCCAUGAGGCCCUUCCAGUCACACUUCAAGGUGACCAUGGCGUCGCAGCCGGCCCUGGAUGCCUGGUAUGGGGCAAGAGACUGGGCCUUGGAGCAUCCACCUGGGGGAGGAGCGACAGACGGAUGGAUCAGCAGACAGGACUACGAGGAGAAAGGAGGCGAGUAUCUGAGCGAGCACUGUGCCUCUAAUGCCUUCGUUCUGAUGAAGAUCGCCAAACCAGCUGCUGCUCGCCCCGCCGAGCCCUCGGUUACCGCACUGACUUCAACGGGAGCUUCUGCUGCCGUCUCCACAGUUACGUCUGCCCUGACUCCCUCCUGCUCUGCUGUUGCUGCCAAUGUCUCUAUAGUUACCUCCUAAACUGAAAUCUAGGAUAUCCUGAGUCUUAUUUUGGAAUGAAGUGAACUAUUUACUUUUUUUGGUGUACCAACUUUCAUUCAGCUGGACACGUCUGCUUCUACAUCAAUUUGUGACAUUUUCAAAGUCACCAUUCAGGAAUGUUGAAAGGGAAUACACUUCCUGUCUGAUCUCAGUCUGCAGGGAAGCCUCCUCUCUUCACACUCUGUUUUUUGUCUCCUGUGACUUUUGUAAGUUCAUGACUGGAGCUGUUUUGGAAAUUCUGUUUUGUUUUAUUUUCAUUAUGCUUGAGAGACUGUUCAUAUUGAAUGGCUGUCAAAUUAAUGAUCUUAAAAGUCCAAUGGGAAUAUAAUUUCUGUAUUAUUAUGUAAAUAGAAUUUGCUGUUUUUGUGUUGUUUUGUUUUUUUUAAAUAUAUAGUUUCACUGAUGGAAACGGCUCUUUGCUUUUGAUUGACGGACAGCUUCAGAGGAAAGUCUGGCAAAUGUCUGAUGCCGCUCAUUACAGCUGAACAGACAUCAAUUGUUACUUUAAUCUCAGUGUCUUUUCUCCAAUACCAUAGUUUUUCUCCUAUCUUUUUUUCUCUCACCGCAGCUCACUUUCAAAUCAAUUAAAGACUCUGUUUACUCAAAUUACACACAUUCACACACAGUUUUUCAUUUACCUUUAGCUGUACAUGCAGUUAGUUUUGUUUUAUCAUUUCUUGGGAUUUGUAUGUUCAGAAUUUUGCUGGCACACUGAUAUAAUGGAGGUGAAUGGAGUUUUAUUUGUGGUGCUCACAGCGUUCAGAAAUGUCCAAAAUUCAAGUCCCCAUUACUCUGGAUUAGGGCUACAACUAACAGUUAUUUUCAUCACCGA